AUGGCUGGCGGCGCGUACAUCCCCCCAAACCAGCAGCGCAACAUGCGCGCCUGCAUGGUCUGCUCCAUUGUCCGCACCCAGCAGCAGUUCCUGUCCCAGGGCUGCCCCAACUGCGAGGAGUUUCUCGAGCUCACCGGCAACCCGGAGCAAAUCAACGACUGUACCUCGCAAGUCUUUGAAGGACUCAUCACCGUCGCAGACACCACCAAGAGCUGGGUGGCCAGGUACCAGCGCCUCGAGGGCUACCAGCCGGGUGUGUAUGCGACCCAGGUCGAAGGCAUCCUCCCCGAUGACAUUAUCGGCUUGAUCGAGAGCGCCGGCAUCAACUACGUACCAAGAGAUGGCAGCGAGCAGGAUAUGCUUCCCAAGGAUUAA